AUGGCGACAGCACUUAACAGUAGUGGAUUACUCAAGAUUGGGAAGGAGUUCUUGACGUGUAGCCUAUGCCUUGAUUAUUACACCAAUGCCAAGACGUUACCAUGCCUACACUCUUACUGCGAGAAAUGUCUGCUGACGCUGGUUGAGAAAAGAGGUGAAUUGGUUUGCCCGGAGUGUCGCGCCGUUGUGCCACUAACAGGGUCAGCUGAAGACACUGUGGCGGACGUGGGUGCAAACUGCUUUAUCAACGGAGUUGUCGAGUUUUUCAAAACUUUAGGCUCCGAUGAGUACCAAGCGGGCGUUCCCGACGCGCCGUGUGAUGCGUGUGAAGACAACUCUACCAAGAUUCCAAGAGAGAUUCCAAAUAUGAUACCUGUUAAUAAAAAACAUACUGUUACCAUCAACACAGUAGACCGUGAUAGAAAUCGCGUAGUACCGUUUAAUGGUGAAGAAGUGAGCGCCAGAUUGGAUAAUCCAGAUUACACAUCUACUGCACUGACUGUGGUGUCUGAUGGUAAUGGUAGUCAUACUCUCACGAUUCCGGGACAGAAGGACGGAAAGUACAAACUCAACAUCUACGUUGGCGACUCUCACAUUGCAGGAUCUCCGUUCAACAUUCAAGUUGUAUCUGAUGGAAGUCGGUCCGAAGCUCAAUUGCAACUGACAAUCCCUAACUUCAGCAACAUGACCAGUGAAGUAUAUAGCACCCCUGUCAUUGCUAAGAAUAUUUCAUGGAAGAUAUCAGCUACAAAGGAAGAUAUAGAGGAGAGUGACGCGAAAGGUUUGGCCAUAUAUUUGAAUGCUGAUGAUUGUAGUGAGUUCAAACCAAGUUACGAGGCCUCAAACUGGAAUUAUUCUCAUCGUAUAAAUAAGACUGAAUUCGUGCCUAGUAAAGUGACAGCACAGUUGCAGCUCCUCAACUGGAAGCAGCACAGAUUUCCUCGUGAUAUGGAACUAAUACAUUUGUUUGAAACGCCUAGUGGGUAUGGUUAUCCAAACUUUAUCGAUUUGGAGGUAAGUCAAUUCAUACUGUUAUGAACGAGUUGGAAUAUACGAACGUCACUGUUUAAACACUCAACUACAC